AAACAGCUCUAGGCUGCUGCCGAAUCGACCGUUUCAUUUGCGCAACUGCAUGUCCUACUUCACUAAAAACUGACUGAGCUGCAGCAUUAACACAGGAGUAAUCACACCAGGACCUUUACCGCAUCCUCACCGACAUUGGCACUGUCCUCCGCCUGCUGCUGCGGAUCUGGAGUCCUGAGCAGAGCAGCGACGAAGAGAUUGAAAGCGGAGGAGACGCGAACAAAAGCAAUGAUAAAGGAGUGCUUCUAGGCGAGGAGACAAGGGAGGGUGGGCAAGGGAGAAAAGGGGAAGCUGCAGCAGCCAUAGCGGUCUUUAGAGCUGCGCAGCGGGAGUGGAGGUUGGUCAUGGUUGGACGGGGACUAUGUGCAUGUAAACCCCGGUUUGGAAAGAGAGGGAGCAGGCUCGGGGUUUUGCCUUUUCUUUGCGCGGGGAUAGCGAGCGCAGCCCUGUUGGCUCUGCUCUUUGUGGACUUCAUCGAGUCAUGGGUCACCUCGAUGAGCAUGAACACGGUGGUGGAGCCGCACGCCGGCAUCAUCCCCCCGCAGAGCGUACCUCCCACCAGACCCGAGGAGUUCUUGCUGAUGCCCAGCCCGCUCGUGUGCCAGCGUGCCAAGCCUUACCUCAUCACCAUGGUUACCACGGCUCCUGCCAAUCAGAGGGCUCGCCAAGCCAUCAGGGACACCUGGGGAGGGGAAGUGGAGGUGAGGGGCCUGCGGGUCAUGACCCUCUUCAUGGUGGGUGUAGCGUCUGACCCGGGACUGGCUAAGCUGCUGAUAGAGGAGGCCCGAGAGCGAGGAGAUCUGAUUCAAGGGCGUUUUUUGGACACCUACUCCAACCUCACCCUGAAGACCCUGUCCAUGCUGGGCUGGGCCCGCCGCUUCUGCCCUCAGGCUCACUUCAUGGCCAAAGUGGAUGAUGAUGUCCUGUUCAAUCCCAGCGCCCUCCUGCACUUCCUGAACAAGAGCCGUAACCCUUAUGAGCAAGGAGACUUAUACCUUGGGAGGGUGCAUCUCCAUGUGGCACCGGACCGUGACCCGGACAGCAAGCACUACCUCCCUGCAGGGGCCUACCCUCCCUCUGUCUUUCCAGACUAUUGCAGUGGGACAGCCUAUGUUCUGUCCCGCUCUGCAUUGCUCAAAAUUUCCCUGGCAGCCUCUGCUUCACCUUUAUCCACACCUCUGCCCCCCGAGGAUGUGUUUGUUGGUCUAUGUGCCCGGGCAGCUGGGGUACUGCCCUCACACUGUCCUCUCUUCUCUGGUGGUCCAGGUGUUCCAUAUGGGCGCUGCUGCUAUCAGGCCAUGGUGUCCAUCCACCACAUCUCACCCAGGGAGAUGCUGCACUUCUGGGCUGACGUCCAUUCAUCUCCUCCCUGCUCCUGGCUGAGCUUGCGUGCUUCUCUGGGGAUGUGCAAAGUCAGGGCGAUGCUCGGGUCGGCUCUGGGGCUGGAGCAAGGGUUGUGAGGGUUACUGAGAGGGAAAACUGGAACCAGUGGGGCUAUGCCUCGCUUCAAUACUGUGAACAGCACAAGUGCUCUUCAGAAAAGGGGUACGAUCAGCUGGUAGGAUGAAGAACUGUCUCAGUAAUGUUUGACCUAUCUUUAGACUGUUACAGCAUCCUGCAUCAUUACACUGGCACAAACUAUAGGUGUAGAACAACAAACAUUGGCAUGCUGAUAGUUUACAGCGAGGAAAUUCAGUUGCUUAUGUGAUGAAUGCACAUCCAAUCAAGUACUUCUAUUAACACGUAACGUCUGACAUCGACAAGCUGCUACUGUCAUAUAUGGAGUAUAUCACCUGGUACUUAAAUUGUAGAUGUUAGUCUAAUAAGAUGCUUAAAUGCAUGUCUCCAAAAAAAAAAACGGUACAAUAGAUAUCAAAUCACAUAUACCCAGUAGGAAGGAAGAAACUAAUCAUGAGCUAUUGUGUUUAAAAAUAAUCACCUCAGUACAUGAAAUGAAUUCAUAUUUUCCAAUACUAAGGACAUGAUGAUAUGUGCAGUGGCAGGACAUUAAUUGGUCCAUUGGAGACAGUGAGAUAUAUUUGGCCAGUUCCGGGAACAGACAGCAGGUAAAGUUGUUCUUCUCUCUUCAAAGGCUGGGUAAAUCUGCUGUCUCUUAUCACCUAACACCGAAAAUAUAACAGUGAAGCUGAUGUGACCCACGGCUGUGAUGCCACCGAACAGUGAUAUUUAUAACUUAAUUAUAAUUGUGAGAUCAAACACUAUGUAGAGUGUGAAUGACAGUUUUGUGCUGAUGUGUCUGGGCUGGGUUUAGUCUCUGCUAGACCAGUCUGGGAUGGGUGCGUUUUAAAUGACACUUAACAAAGGGUCAAAGACUAAACCUCAGACUGUCUCGCUCCAACCACAAUGU